UGAACCAGGUUGACGGGUACGCCAAAGUAAUUGGGCUUGGAUCUCUUUUCAACCCCCAUUAUCUCACACCAAAUCUCCAAUAUCAUGAACAUAUUUUCUUAUUAGCAGCCCACCCAAAAUGCCUCCUUUAGCAAAUCUCCCACUUUCUCUCUCCUCCCAUUUUCCAACCCCUGCAAAAACCCCUAAAACUUCACUUUCUUCUUCAAUCAACAGCAGCAGCAAUCAAUUCUGAGUUGAAUGAUAAGUUAAAAAUGGUGAGUAAAAGACAGAAAGAAGCUCGAAAGAAGUUUAAACAAGAAAACCCAGGUUUAUUCCCAACACCUGAACCUACUCCCCCUAAAGACCCCAACAAAAAGAAGAAGAACAAGAACAAGAACAAAAAACCCAAAUUUAAGCGCGAUAAAUCUGACCCCAGAACCCUAGAUGAUAAGCCCCGUAAAUCCUCUUUUACUAGAAAACCCUUGAGAGUUCCUGGGUUAAAGCCUGGUGAUUGUUGUUUUAUUUGCAAGGAUUUGCAUCAUAUUGCUAAAAAUUGCCCUGAAAAAGCUCAAUGGGAACGGAAUAAGAUAUGUUUGUGUUGUCGACAACGCGGUCAUAGUCUGAAGAAUUGCCCCAACAAGAGUGAAGAAGUUGUUGAACAAAAGUUAUGUUACAAUUGUGGUGAAACUGGGCAUUCCUUGUCAAUGUGCCCCCGGCCACUGCAAGAUGGUGGAACAAAGUUUGCCUUAUGCUUUAUUUGCAAUGAACGUGGACAUUUGAGUAAGAACUGUCCUAAAAAUACACACGGGAUAUAUGUGAAGGGUGGGUGCUGUAAAAUAUGUGGUGGUGUAACUCAUUUAGCUAGAGAUUGCCCAGACAAAGGAAGUGCUCAAGCUGCUGGAAAUAAAAGAGUAUCUAUACUAGAGCAGUCACAAUCACGAGUUACAAAGCUCUAUGGUGGGGAUGAUCUUGAGGAUGACUUCAUGUUGGAAGAAGACAAAAAAGUCAAGAAUGACUUCAAGAACACUGAAGGUGAUCUUGCAUCCGAGGAAAAUCAUAAUCAUGCAAAGGUAAAGAAGAAACAAGAGCCAAAAGUGGUGAAUUUUGUAGGUUAUAUCCCUUUCUCUUACUCUUUCUUGGAAAAUUUUGUUUCGAUGUUGAGCAUUUUUGCAUAUUUGGCCUGUAAGGCUAUUCCUCAUUCUCUCUACCUUUCUCUCUCUUCCUUUUUCAUCUUCAUUUCUCUUAACUCUACCUUUGUUUCUUCCUCUCCGAUUGUGUGCCAAUCAAACUGCAACAAAAUGGCGAACGCUGCGUCUGGUAUGGCUGUGGAUGAUGAAUGUAAGCUCAAGUUUCAUGAGCUAAAAGCAAAGAGAACAUACCGCUUUAUUACCUUUAAGAUUGAAGGCCAACAAGUGGUGGUGGAUAAGUUUGGAAGCCCUGAGGAGAGCUAUGACGAUUUUACUAACUCUUUACCUGCUGAUGAAUGUCGUUAUGCCGUUUUCGACUUCGAUUUCACCACUGAUGAGAACUGCCAGAAGAGCAAGAUUUUCUUCAUUGCCUGGUCUCCAGAUACAUCAAGGGUGAGAAUGAAGAUGGUGUAUGCAAGCUCAAAGGACAGGUUCAAGAGAGAGCUUGAUGGAAUUCAAGUUGAAUUACAGGCUACAGAUCCAAGUGAGAUGAGCUUCGACAUCAUUAAAUCGCGAGCAUUAUGAACAACGUAACACCUUUUAAUGUGUUUCGAUGAAAAUUACUCACUUAAUCGUCGGUUUUAUACAGCAAUUCUACUUUGUUGCUGUUUAUUUGUGAUCAACAUUUGUUGCUUCAAAAGUCCUUUAUUCUUAGGGAAAAAGAAAGGGAUCCAAAAUGGUUUUUGAUUAUUUUUCAGAAUCGAAAUUCUAAGUGUAGUGCAGAGAUGUAACAUUGUGCACUCUUUAAUCAUUUUCAGUACUAUGGUCGGUUGUUUUUUGUGUGCUACUAUUAUUUGUUAUUAUUGCCAACCAAUUACUUUGUUCUUGUUCACGAACAUAUUUUUUUAAACACUUCAUGAUAUAAUUGAUAAUACGU